AUGGGUCGCCAUUUAAAGGGAAGGUGGGGCUGUAAGAGACACCAUGAGUCUCCAUUUCAAGGGGAGGGGUGCUAUAGAGGACACCAUGGGUCUUUCAAGACUGGGGAAUACACGCGAGAUGAGGAAGAAGAGAGGACCGGCCUCUGCGUUAUUGAGGCUGCUUUGGAGCGAUUGAAAAAUGUGAAAGGCCCUGUUUGUGUGGUGUCCAUUGCAGGGCCUUGUAGGAAGGGCAAAUCCUAUAUCUUAAGUAAAGCUUUUGAACAGGGAGAGGUUUUCCCCCUUGGUCAUGAGCUGGACCCUGAGACAAUGGGAAUAUGGAUGUGGAUUGUGCCUGAAAAAUUCCAGGACGCUAAUGGACUGGAAGUCACAGUUGUGUUACUGGACUCGGAGGGAAUCGAUGAUGUGUCAGGAGAAGGCGCAGAUGAUCACUGUAUAUUUACACUGACUAUUUUACUGUCUUCAAUGCUGAUUUACAACUCAGCCGGAGUACCAACCAGGACCGACCUAGAUGGACUCGAGUAUCCUUAA